UCGACGACAACUAUACACGGAACGCGUGAUGCAAGCGCACUUGCUUCAUGUAUUACAUAUACCGGCAGCAUCGCCAUUGCUACAGAUGCCGUUGGUGAAAUUGCCAUCAACAAGGUCGAAGUGAUUACAGGAAAUCUGACCGCUUACGGAGUUGAUGGGCUUAUUUCCUUAUCUGGCGACUCGCUACGAUCUUUGGACACAUUUUCAUUGCAGACUGUGCCAGGACUAUCGACUGUCAGAUUUCCGAGUAUCUCACAGAUCAAUUCAUUACAAUGGACUGGAGCUACCAACCUUACGGACAUCGCCUUCAACAUCACUGCCACGUCGAUACAAGCAGUAACAGUCGGAGACACCUCUCUGGGGUCUUUAGACAAACUCGGCCUUCAAUCUCUUCGAUACGCGAAUGAGAUUCGUGUCAUUAACAACCCUCAUCUACAAAGCUUUCCGCUACCACGGCUUUAUGAAGUUACCUCCAACCUAACAUUUGGAGACAAUGGCGAUAGGUUUGACAUACCUUUGCCUAGCUUAGAAAUAGCUGAGAACGUGUACCUUUACAACAUCUCUUCGUUCUCGAUAAACAUGCUGAAAAAUGUCAGCAACUUUCUCUCGGUACAUAAUACCAACAGCGAGACGAUUUUGGUUUCUCAGCUGGCUCGCGUUGGAUCUUUUUUGGAUUUGGUUGGUAAUACUCGAUGGUCCGAAGUUGCAUUUCCUGGCUUUUACGAAGCUGGAAAUAUUUUGAUCGACGGUAGCCCAAACCUCACUACCCUACGACUAUCCACGCUUCAAAAUGCAGCGGGCAAUGUUAGCUUAUCAGGAAAUUUCUCCGAGUUAGUAUUAUCUCCACGAGAAUGA